GCAAGGCGGCAACAUGCGGCGCUUAUAUACAUGAGCCAUGACGUCACUUCUCGCGAGAUGAGAAUUGUGACGUAAGGAUUAGCUGUCCGGCAGCAGUCUAGGCGCUAGACGUUAACCGCGCUGCGGGACUUUUAAACAGCGAUCCGGGACUGCGGGCUGUGUAGAGAAAAAUCGGGACUGUCCUGGGAAAAGCGGGACUGUUGGGCGCCGAAACCAGUGUGCCGGGAGAGAGGACAUGCCGUUACUGCACAGAAAACCGUUCAUUCGACAACCCCCACCUCCGGAUUUACAACCAACGGAGGAGCUGUUCUACUGCCGAGUUACAAAUGAAAUCUUCAGGGACUACGAUGAGUUUUUUGAACGCACUAUCCUGUGCAACAGCCUUGUAUGGAGCUGCUCCCUGACAGGGAAAUCUGGCCUUACCUACCAAGAAGCACUUGAAUCAGAGAAAAAAGUGAGACAGAGUCUGAAGACCUUCCCAGAGUCCUUAACCGUCCCUAUCUUGUAUCUCUCCACACUUGUGAGACGCCAGAGGGUGACAGAUGUGUGUGAGGAAAUAUUUGCCUAUGUGAAAGACAGGUUCUUUGUUGGUGAAACGGUGACUGUAGUGAGAAACAGCGGCGCAAGGUUGGAGUGCAACAUCUUAGAAGUUAAACUCCCUCCUCAGCAAAAUGGAGUGGCUAAUGGGCACAUUCGUAAUGAUGAUACCAUUGUUAUCAGUGAUAGUGAUGAGGAACAGCCUAAAGAAACACCCCAGACUAGGAAGAAAAAGGAGACGACUGAUCCCUCCUUAUUAAAAUAUAAAGUUAAGCCAAUUCAAAAGGAGCUGUAUGAAUCUGUUACUGUCAAAGGAUGCCAACUCAGUCGAAAACCAUCGCUAUUUUCUCAAGACAGACUGAAACUUUUUUUGAAGCUGCACUGUGAAGCACAUGAAAGAAUGAUAAAGACUAAGGCAAGUUCAGUCACAAAGUACCAAAUUUCAGUGAAAAACUUUCUGAGUUAUUUCCCUGAGGAGCCUCCGGAUUUUCAGCUCUCACCCCCAAACAAAAAAACAAGUGGAAAACCACUUCCAAACAAGCACUUAAGUCGGGGCAAUGGAUUAGCAAACAAACAAAAACAAGUUCAAGCUGCUAAAGAGCGAGAGAGAAUCUUGAAACAGAAAAAGGAGCUGAAAGCUAUGGAAAUGGAAAAGGCAAGGAUGAGAAGAGAACGUGCAGAGGAGACAAGGUCACGCAUACAAGAGAAAUAUAUCAAGGAAAGGCAAAAGGAAGAGCUGAAAAAAAUAGUAGAGGUAGAAAAGUUAAAGAAAAAAGAAGAGAAAGAGAGGAUGAAAUUGGAAAAAGAGAAGGAAAGGGAGAAACUUCGUGAGGAAAAGAAGAAAUAUGCAGAACGUCUCAAGCUUUGGAGUAAGCCUCGGGAUGAUAUGGAGUGUGAAGACCUUAAGGAGCUUCCUGAACCCAUUCCAGUGAAAACAAGGCUUCCUCCAGAAUGUUUUGGAGAUGCUAUCAUGGUGUUAGAGUUUCUACAUGCAUUUGGAGACCUGUUUGAUCUUAAGGACGAGUUUCCGGAAGGAAUGACAUUUGAAAUGCUAGAAGAAGCUUUGGUGGGCAGUGACCCUGAAGGUCCGCUUUGUGAACUUCUCUUUUUCUUCAUGAGUGCCAUCUUUCAGGCCAUGGCUGAAGAAGAAGAGGAAGUAGAAAAAGAACAAAUAGCAGAGACUGAACCCAAAGAUUUAUCAGAGGCUUUGGAUGAAGAUGCUGAUCCAACAACAUGUGCUCUAACAGCUGUGGCCACUUUAGCAGCAGCGUGGCCUCAACUGCACCAAGGUUGUCAUCUAAAAAAACUAGAUUUGGACAGCUGCACGCUGUCAGAGAUCCUGCGGUUACACAUUUUAGCAUCUGGUGCUGAUGCAACUUUUGCCAAUGCUAAGUAUCGAUACCAAAAGCAAGGCGGGUUUGAUGCUACAGAUGAUGCUUGUGUGGAACUACGUCUCAGCAAUCCUGCCAUCCUGAAGAAGCUUUCCACCAUAUCUGUUUAUACCCUGCAACCUGGUGAGAAGCUGAAAAUUCUUCAUGCACUAUGUGGAAAGCUGCUUACAUUAGUCUCCACUAGAGAUUACAUUGAAGACUAUGUGGAAGAGCUGCGACAAGCAAAACAGGAGUUCAGAGAGCUGAAAGCUGAACAGAAUAGAAGAGAACGAGAAGAGGCUGCUGCGAGGAUUCGCAAAAGAAAAGAGGAUAAGUUGAAGGAACAAGAACAGAAAAUGAAAGAUAAACAAGACAAAGUUAAAGAUGUGGAGAACAAAGGCUUUUCCAAAGAUACAGGAAAUGAAGAGCAAGAUGAGUUAGACACCAGCUCUGAGAACAAAGAUGCUGAGCAAAGGGACCAGGAUUCAGCUUCUGAGGAUGAAGAUGAUGCUCGACCAACUGGCAGAAAAGGAACCAGAGGCCAGAGGGGAUUUAAAGAUGGGAAGAAAAGAAAAGAGAAUAGUGAUGGACUGGAAAAGAGAGAAGAUUUGACCGCUGAAGAGGAAGAGCAGUUGCGGCAGGAGUACAUUAAACGCGAACAGGAAUUGGUGGAAAAGAUCCAGCAAGCCACUGCCUGCACCAACAUUUUUCCUCUAGGCAGGGAUCGCUGGUACAGGCGCUUCUGGACUUUCUUUUCUGUGCCUGGACUCUUUUUAGAAGAGGAUUAUUCUCAUCUCACGGAGGACCUGCUGCAGCCUCAGCCAUUUUCUAAACCGGAAACACCUCACAAGGACAUCACUGGAGUAAACGGCCAUGAAUCUACAUCUCCACUCCAGGAGAACAAGAAGGAGACUGAAAUUCCAAAACCAAUAAACAAACCAAAUCGCUGGUGCUACUACAGUUCUACAGAGCAACUGGACAAACUCAUAGAAGCCCUGAACACAAGGGGCCACAGGGAAAGUGCCUUAAAAGAAACACUGGUACAGGAAAAAAGCAAGAUCUGCCAGAGGCUUGAUAGUUUCCCAGUUAAUCGAUUCAACAUUGCAGAUAACACUCCACCAACAUUAGAAUUUAAGCCUGGUCGCGGAAGGUCUCUUAAUACAUCUGAGAGUUUACCGGUAUCUGGCGAGAAACAGCUUGAACUUCGACUCUGUGACCUCAUUCUGGACAUUGAAGACAGAAUUUAUCAGGGAACCUUGGGUGCCGUCAAGGUACCAGACAGGCAAUUGUGGCGGGCAGCUCUUGAAAAAAACACAUACGAAAUUCUGAACGACGAAGCAAAGGAAAAUGGUUUGACAAAACCUAUAAACCAUGAACUGGAGGAAAUGGAAAUUGACAUAAAGCAGAGCGCUAAAGAUAGGCUUCUGGCAUUGAAAUAUGAUACUCCUAGUGCUACAUCCACAAGUACCAACACUCCCCAACCAGUGAAUAAUGCUGUGCGAUAUCUAGCACGUGCGCUGCAUCAGAUUGAGCAGGGAGUAGAACGCAAAUAUCUGAAGGCUCCUCUUGGAGAUGCAGAGGAUACUAAAAAAGAUGCAAAAUCAGACAAAAAGAAGAAAGAUGACAAAAAGAAGAAAGAUGAAGACCAAAACAGUGAGAAAGAUGAUGUGAGUGAGAGUGGCCGUGUCCAGAGGACAGUAUUAGACCGCUGGAGAGAGUCGUUGUUGUCAUCUGGGAGCUUAUCUCAAAUAUUCCUUCACUUAUCCACUCUGGAUCGUAGCAUUUUGUGGUCCCGCUCUAUUCUCAAUGCACGCUGCAAGGUGUGCCGUAAGAAAGGAGAUGGAGAAAGCAUGGUGCUAUGUGAUGGCUGUGACAGAGGACACCAUAUCUACUGUGUUAGGCCCAAACUUAAAUAUGUUCCAGAAGGAGACUGGUUUUGUCCAGAGUGUCAUCCCAAACAACGAUCCCAUAGGUUGCCAUCCAGACAUAGAUAUUCAAUGGAUAGCGAUGUGGAAGAAGAGGAAGAACUUGACGAAGAUCAGGAGGAGGAAGAAGAGGAGGAAGAGGAGCAAGAAGACGCUGAAUCUGAAAAUGAGGAGGAAGAUGAAAUGUCUGAAGAAGAAGGGCCCCCAAAAAGAGGGAGAUCCAAAGUUCAAUUGCCUUUGAAGACGAGAGGUGGAAAAGCAGCUGGCAAACAAGCAGGCCCCAAGCCAAAAACAGGGAAGCAAAGCACACCCAAAAAUGCACAGCCUGUACAAAAAGGUAGUGGCCGAGGAAGAAAAGCACGUUCUGCACCAUCUCUCGAACCUACAUCCCGCCUCUCUGCUUUCGAUUCCCCAGCCUAUGCAGUUUCCCCCAAUUCUUCCCUUGUAGAGCUGGUUACUGUAAAUGGCAGAGGACGAGGUAGGGGCAGAGGAAGAGGCAGAGGGAGAGGACGAUUGCAGAAAUCUGCAGAUAACACUCCAGCAAGCAGUCCCUUUGCUUUCCGUCCGUUUAGUUUGGAUUCCAAUGAGCCAACACCACCUGGAAGAAGGCCAAGGUCACAAAGUUUGUUACCUUCUCAGAAUGAGCCCAAAGGAAGAGGCAAAAAGCGAUUAUCUGGAGAUACUUCUUCCUUGGCACAAGGAAACCGGAGGAGCUCAGGAAGGCAUCAUGGUGUACACGAAUUAUCAGCUUGUGAGCAGCUGGUUGUAGAGCUGGUGAGGCAUGACGACAGCUGGCCAUUCAUGAGACUGGUGUCUAAAACUCAGGUUCCAGAUUACUUUGAUAUCAUCCAGAGACCUAUUGCCUUAAAUCUAAUCCGUGAAAAAGUGAACAAAUGUGAAUACAAAUGUGCAUCUGAGUUCAUAGAUGAUGUCCAGUUGAUGUUUUCCAACUGCUUUGAAUACAACCACCACAACAGCAGUGAAGCCAAAACUGCAAUUCGCCUUCAGUCUUUCUUUGUCACUGAGGCUCAGAAGCUGGGUCUACAAGUCUCUCAUAACAGAGUUUCUGCCAUCACACCUCCCUCCAAAAGAUCCCGCCUUUAACCUUUCUAUCCUUUUAUCACGAAUGCAAGACAAGGGACCGAGGGUGGCAGUCCCCCACCUCUUCUCUUUCCCGGUUGCAAGGGACGCAGCCUGCUGAACUGGUUUGCAAAAGCAAUAAACUCAGCCAUCAUCAAAAGUAACGACAAGCACUGAAUUAUUAUUAUUAUAAUCAGCACUCAGGGGAAAGCAGCUUUUAUGACUGCUGCACCAGGUUCAUUCCAUGUACAAGUAUUUUAUACAAGUAUAUAUGUAUAUCAGAUUAAUGUUAGACUGUUCUACAGCAUUCCUUUAUUAGCUCUUUUCAAGGUGAGAAGUUUUAGACCCAUAGCCGUGCUACUGUGUCUGAGACCUCCCGCCGCUCUAAGGUUAUAAGAUUCUAUGGUUACCACUUACUGACAAGAUGUUCUGAUUAAUUUUCUAUUUUCUCUAGUUACCCUGUUGGGAAUAUUUACAGUUGAAAUGAUGGGGGAAUAACAGCGACCCUAUAGUUUCUGGCCACCCAACACUACUUGAGUGAAAUAAAGUGGCUAUAUUUUUUGGCAAUGGACUGUAAAAGCUGAGAGUAUUUCAGAAUUUCUUACCUAGAUAUUUAUUUAGAAUUCCAUAAAAAUAUGCAAAUGUUUUUAUGGGUUUUUUUUUUUUUUUUUGUAUUUAUGACAUUUUGUACUUGGAAGUAUACCACUCGUGAUAUAAAUUUGAUAUUGUUCCUAUCGGGUCCUAAAGACUUGGGAUUUGAGCCUUCUGUUUUCAUGGAAUUGAUCUUUGGAGGCGUUUCAACUAGAUAUGCAGUUACUUAAAACACAGGAAUUGCUGUUAUUUGUUUUGUGCGGGUUCCAGUGUAAAAGAACAAUAAAAGUUUCCUUUUCCAAA